CGCGUAUUUGCCUUCCAUAAGUGAUUUGCCUUCAUGUGGAUUUAAGUGGAAAUUUGUGGGGAAAAGUGAUUCAAAGAUUAAGAGGCCUUUGUUUGCACUGUUUGAAGCCUAUUAUCUUCCAUCUGUACAACCCUCCCACCUUGGAGCUGCCCUAUAAAACCUGGGAGCAGCAGUUAUUCCUCCUGGUGAAGAAGCCCUAGCCCUUUAUUGUUGCAGUUGAAACAACUUUGGGAGGAAAGCCUAAGAAGCCGGGGUAGAUAUCCUGCAGACGGCACCAUGGGUCGACUUGAUGGCAAGGUCAUCGUUUUGACUGCUGCUGCACAAGGAAUUGGUCGGGCAGCUGCUUUAGUGUUUGCCAAAGAAGGGGCCAAAGUCAUAGCAACAGACAUCAAUGAAUCCAAACUUCAAGAGCUAAAUGAGCAUCCGGGCAUUCAAACUCGAGUUCUUGAUGUGACAAAAAAGGAACAAAUUGAGAAGUUCUCCAAGGAAAUUGAGAGAGUUGAUGUUCUUUUUAAUGUUGCUGGGUUCGUCCAUCAUGGAAACAUCCUGGAAUGUGACGAGAAAGACUGGGAUUUUACCAUGAAUCUGAAUGUCCGAAGCAUGUUCUUGAUGAUUAAGGCAUUUAUUCCCAAAAUGCUUGCCCAGAAAUCUGGCACCAUUAUCAACAUGUCUUCUGUGGCUUCUAGCAUCAAAGGAGUUGUCAACAGAUGCGUAUACAGCACGUCCAAAGCAGCCGUGAUUGGACUGACAAAAUCCGUGGCUGCCGAUUUCAUCCACCAGGGUAUCAGGUGCAACUGUGUGUGUCCAGGAACUGUUGAUACGCCUUCUCUGCAUGACAGAAUCCAGGCUAGUCCAGACCCCAAAAAGGCAAUGGAUGAUUUCUUAAAGAGACAGAAGAUGGGAAGAAUAGCAACUGCAGAAGAAGUGGCCCUGUUGUGUGUGUACUUGGCCUCUGAUGAAUCUGCCUACAUGACUGGUAAUGAAGUCAUCAUUGAUGGAGGCUGGAGCUUGUGAUUUCUGCAUUGUAACAAUGGAAAAGAAGCCUCUUCCUAGUUACACUGAGCUUGGACAUGAAUAGUAAACACCUAACAAAUUUAUGUAGCACUUUAUAGUUUUAAAAUGAUACAUUUAAAUUUCAUUGCUACAUGAUAAUGUUGAAUUUAAUUAGUAAUUUUUUUUUAUUCUUCAUAUGAACAUAAUCAAAGUGAUACUUAAAAUUGAUUCAAUUAGAAGGUAUAUAAUCUGUUACACAAUUCUGAAAUGUUCUUGAUCUUUUUCUGUCCUCCUGAACUUUUUAGAUACUCCAAAUAAAAUUAU